AUGAACACUCCCAAAUGGAUUCCGAAGCACAAUCAGGACACUGUGAAGCUUUUCGAGAACACCAGGCAGCUCGAGAGGGACUUCAAGGUGCUGUCCAAGAAGUUUGCCACGGACAUCAAUGUGGAUCUUCCGGAUUAUUAUGAAUUCGAGGAGCUGCUCAACCAGUCGCGGCGCUGCUUUGACCUCAGCAGUCAGUAUCAGAUAAGAUUACUGAGGCUCACCGCCACGUCGGCGGAUAAGAACUUCGAGCGCAGUCCGUACAAGAUUCUGCAAUGCCGGAAGGCGACGAUUGUGCGGGCGACGCUGAAGAGGCGCCACUUCCAGCUCAUCUUCAUCGUGCAGCACAUGAUCAGGCUGAUGCUGGGCGAGUCACAUCACACGGACGUGAUCCUGGACGGGGCGCUGCUGCUGUGCACUCUGCACAACGACACCACUGAGCAACUGGCCCAGAGCGCCAAACAGAACGAGGGUGCGGCCGUGUGCAGCAACACCUUCGCCGGGCUCAUGUCGCAGCCCAGGAAGAUCGACAUGGGCGCCAUUCUGCAGACACUGUCCAAGCGACGCAGUGAGCAGUGCUGCCUCGCUCUCAUCGGAUGCCUCCUGGCCACUUGCCGCGUGGAGAUGAGUGUGCCCAGCGCUGAGUCAGACACGUCGAGUGUGGAGAUCCUGAGGGCGCUGACCAGCCACUUGCAGUCGCCUCUCGGUGGCGCCAAUUCGCCGAGCAGGAGAGCCGCCACGAUCCCGCCCAGCGACUCUGAGGAUCCCUCGGGGAAGUUCUUCGACAAUCUGGCUCUGGAGAUGCAGCAGAGCCACGCACAGCUGGAGCCGGAGGGGAAUCUGCUGCUGGAGAGGCUGAUUGGCGAUGAGGAGAACUUCCAGGCAAGCAUUCUACUCAAGUGCCUCAAGCUCUGCCCUUCUGCAUUUGACAAGCAAUCUUCCAAGGAAGACAUGGUGAAGUGGAUCAACCGCGGCACGCGGAAUCUCUGGACGCAAGUGGGCAGCACGCUGGAACACGUGGUUCUCUGGUGGAGCAGUGCUCCUCUUGCUUGUCAGCCGCCCAGCCAUACGAAAUACCUGCGCGACUGGUUGCUCAUGAUCCAGCCCGACGACGCCCCGGAGCCCAUUCUGUCCACGCUGCGCGGCCUCGGCGAGACGCUGACCAUGUACGUGACCACCACCACGUGGGACAGACAGUUCCGGCUGGCGCUCGUGUCCUCAAUGCUGCCCAUCGACUUCUCCUUCGACCACUGCCCCGAAUUCCUGCCUCAGAACGCCAUCGCGGUGGCCCAGCGCACAGCGGGCAGCGUGGCUGGGAGUCUCUGGUGCGAUGUGCUCUCCACACUGACCACUUUCAGCAACAGCUGCGACCAGGGCACGAUUCCCAACGAACUGCCGCUGGUAGAGCAAAUCCCCAUCCUGCACAGGCUGGAUCACUCCAUCCACUCGAUGCGUCUCUGGGCGGCCGAGAAGGCCAAGGCGUUGUGCGCCGACUGGAAUAUGAAGAUGUUCUUCCGCGUGGUACACCGAGACGUCGGCUCCUGUCUGGAGCAUCUCAGGGAUCUCAGGGUGCCACAGCUCGUGCCGCCCGAUCCGCUCGAAGUGCACAUCCAAGUGUGCGUGUCACUGCGCGCCAAACUCGUGUCCGAGAUCAAGAUUAACAUUGAGAAGCUGAAACAAACGGCCGCGCAGUGCAUCGUCGUGCUCUCUUCCGUGUGCUCCACGACGAGUCUGGCCACGCUGAGUCUCUGCUUCCCGCCAGUGAAGUUCUGGCAGACGGAUGUGCUGCUGGAGAAGGCCAGCGAGUACGUGUCGUCAUUCCUGGACCAAAUCUACCUGCCCAUCGUGGAGGCGACCAAGGACAUGGAGAUCCUGGGCCUCACGCUCAAGAUCAUCUGCGAGGCGUGGCUGGAUCACAUCUACACGCGGCGCGUCAAGUUCAGCCGGUGCGGCGCCCUGAAUCUACUCAAGGACUUCGACGGCGUGGCGGAGUGGAUCAGGGCGUCCACGGCGGUGCCGGUGGAGCACGUGGAGGCGCUGGCGAAACACGAGGUGUUGAGGAUGUGCGAGGGCGUGGGGCGAAUUUUGCUGCGGAAGCCCGAGGAGGUGAUCUCCAUGCUCCCGGGGCCGCAAUACCUCCGGCCGGAUCCCGAGGAGAUGGACGAGAAGCCUCCUCUGCCGCCAGAGAUGUUCGUGCCCAAUCAGAUUCGCUGGCUGGAGCUUCGCGCGAAGAAUCGCCGCACCCUCAACUACUUCCUCUGCAUCUGCUCAGGUGGCGAGAGUUACUAAAGACCCCUUUGGCUUCG